AUGGAAAAUGAAUAUAAAUUUAAUUAUGAUGAAAUCAAACGAAUAUUUGAAAGUGUUCCACAAACAAAUUCAACAAACAAAAAAUGCAAACCUAUUCCAUAUAAAAAUCAUUUUCAAGGUCGUACAAAUCCAACAGUUGUUAUGAAAAAUGAUAAAGAGUCAAUACAAACUAUUUCAAAUACAAAUAAAUUAAUGACAAAUCAAAUAAAUCCAAUACCAACAAGAAUUCUAUUUAAUUUACAACGUAUUCGUGUUUAUCAAAUAACGUAUAUUGAACAAUUUUGUUUUCAAAAACAAUAUGAUUUUUAUGUACUAUUAAAUAUUAUGCAAUAA